UAGGGUUACACGGUGUUCUCCAUAUGUACACCUGUUCUUGCACGCCGCACGCCGCAUGCGCUGCCACUAACCAAUAAUACUAACCCUACCAUACAUUUCCCAACAACUCAACGAGACAGUGGACGGACAGGUUACAGCCUAUCGCUUGGCCGUUUGAUGUCUAUUAAUCAACAAAGCAAGCGGCGUAUAUGUCCGUGCUCAGUGUGUGAGCUAUCAGGUCUUUUUCAGACCGCUCAAACUAUCAAAAAUCACCUGAAGAAGCACGGUCGUGCACGCAGGCAGCAUCUUGGCAGUGGUGAACCUCCGCAGGCUCAGCUGAUCAAUGGGACCGCUUCGGACAGAGAUAUCACAAGUCAGGACGAAUUUUUGCUGGAUGAUGACCCGAUACUCCCUGAUUAUGGGACACCGUCCCAAGAGCUUGAACUGCUCGGCGUUUUGCCAGACAAUUCACCUUCUGUAUCUGAUAUAGAUCACCUGGGCGUGUACUUUCUCUCGACCUCGGCACUCCUGCUAUCACACAUGACGAGCAUCACGAACGGGUCAGUACUGGUGAAUAUAUUGAGGGAGAUGACGAGCAAGAUGACGAGCGAGUUUGGGAUCCAGAGGGGGAUCCAGAAUAUUUGUCGAAUGAUGCUGUCCUCGAGGAUGGCCUCGCACGAGGAGACCAAAGUGAGCCGGAGGAUAUCCUCCCGCAUGCAUUAUCGGAGCAUCCAGCUCUUCUCAACGGCUACUUGUCCGUGUUCGUUAAUGCUGCAUACCGACAUGCAACACACGCAGACUCUGAGGCAACACUCACCCUCCUUCACAGCACAAUCAAGACAUGUUAUCGAGACCUUGGUGGAGUUCCGCCAGAACUCGAACUAGAUAACAUGGCUCGCACUCUUCGCACUGUGGAAAAACGCCUUGGCGUUGACACCAGCAAGAUUAUUACCACUUACAUUCUUUGUCCG